AUGCCGAAUUUCCUGAACCUAAGGCGGACCUCUCGCCUGUCGCUGCGCAGUAAUAAUAAUAAUAGUAAUAAUAACGAUACCAACAAUACCAGUUCCGAAAAUUCCUCUUCAAUAAGCAAUCCCGAAGACCACCGGCAACGGAAUAAAUCAUCCUCCACAUUAAGUUCCUACUUCGAACAGCGCCGAAACCCCUCUCCGCCCUCGUCGACUUCUCCGCCAAACGGACGAUCGACGACGACAUUGUCAGGAACCAGCAGCCACGGUCAAGGAAACAAGACCCCACCACCUGUCCCGCAACGACCACGAUUGGCGAGCGCUCAGAGCAAUCGAAUCAGCAUGCUCGGACUACCGACUCAGAGCGGCGAGCGAACAACGCCGUCAACGUCGCCCUAUGCGCCUCGCGUGCUCUCCGUGAGCGAUGGCUCCUGGGUCCACCAAAAAGUCUUGCUCGUCUUCGGCCAAUGUGCUGAUGUCGCCCAACCCGUAGACGGUCAGCUUACCGUCUCACACCACCAAGACAGCUUCCCAUCCGUCAAUUGGCCAGUGUGCGCUUCUCAUUUCAAGGCGUUGGUCUACCUGCAGCCUGGACCGAAUCGGAUCCGUCUGGAUUUCACCUCGCGGGAUGUCCCAACCAACAACCCAUCCUCGCCCGCCCAUUCAUCUUGGAUCAAUAUCAACUACCUCCCACUCAACUCAGCGCCGCCUCUGCAGUUGUGCAUCCUCGUCGCCCGUGACUCGCCCGAGACGUACGAUGCUAUGCCUCAACGGGUACAAACCGAGGGCAACAAUCUGGCGACCGCCAUCCGGAAAUUCCGGAUGUCGGCAUACCUCUGGCAGGCUUUCACGGCGGAGCAAAUGAAUCGCAACGGCUUCGGCCGACGCUGUUAUCGAUACGAGGAGGAGUGGCAGCCAGGGACAUUGACGGUGAAAGAUAUGGAGACCGGGCAGAUGCGCAACGAGGCCAAGGUCCACAUCAUCCGUUUACGACAGUCUGCGCAAGAGGUGCGAGAUUUGGAAAUCGCUCAGCAGUAUGAGCCGGCGUCGAGGAAAGGGGGCCUCUUCGACAUCGCGGGCGAUGCGGUGAGAGAGCACUUCAAGAUCGCUCCCGGACAGACCCACUACGUUUCGUGUAUGUUCUUGGAUACGCAGUGGGACAAGCAGGUCGGGAUCGUGCGCGGACAUGCUGCGCUCGGCGGUGGAGGCGAAGAUCUCAAGCUUGCCAUCUUCGGCUCCCACCUUUUACAGUCAUACCCAGCACACAUCGAGGAGGUCGUCCCGGCGUUCACGGAUUGCACACGGACCGAUACCGAUUACGUCGCGAACGACUGUGGUGAGUCGGGUAGCAGCUGGGAGGCCGCCAACAUCGGCAUCGGAGCCCACCUACACGAGACCGGACAUCUCUUCGGCUGCCCACAUCAAGAAUCCGGUGUCAUGCUCCGGGACUACGUCACCCUCAACCGGACCUUCACCUGCCGCGAGGCCUACUCGACGCGGACGAAGCAGCAAGGCCGGCAACUGUGUCUCCCCGAGGACGAGUGCGCAUGGCAUCGCCUCGACAUCCUUCGCUUCCGUUUCCACCCCUGCUUCGGGCUCCCCAGCGACCAACCCGUCAACUCCGACGCCAGCAUCCAAGUCUGGGCCGUCGACAACUCCAACGUCCUCGUGACCGCCGCCACCGGCGUCGCCUGGAUCGAGAUCACCCCGGAAGGCGACGACGUCUGCCACCACUGGAUCGAGUUCAUCGACCCGAGCGCCUCCGCCUCCGCCGCCCCCCGCCAGAUCACCCUCACCGAAGCCCAACUCCGCGAACGCCUGCCGGCGGGCGACAGAUCCAACAAGAAGCGCCGCCUCGCCGUGCAGGUCUUCUCCGGCGGCGGCGCCAGCCUCGAGAUCCCGGACUUCGCCGCCCUCGCCUCCGAGGACAGCCGCCUGCGCCUGCCCGACAACCGCUACGCCUUCCGCGGCGCCCGCGUCGGCGGCGCGCCCAGCCCGGGCCAGACCGUCGACAUCCUCCUCCCCUCGGCCGCCGGCACCGGCGGCAGCCCCACCCGCAUGCGCUCCAGCCGCCUGAUGAGCGUCCGGAUCCACCACGGCGGCUACAUCGACGGGCUGGAGUUCCUCUUCGAGGACGGCUCCGCCUCGCUCUUCGGCCAGCGCGGCGGCAGCCCGACGGAUUUCCCGCUGGACGUGCGCCGCGGCGAGAUGCUCCUGGGCUUCCACGUGCGCGCCGGCGCGUGGAUCGACGGCCUGCAGGUCCUCACGACGUCCGGACGGCGGAGCGAAUUCUUCGGGAACAAGAACGGGGGCAGCGGACACACCCUCAUCCCCCCUCGCGGAUACACCAUCGCGGGCGUCUACGGCCACUCCGGCGGCUGGAUGGAGAGCUUCGGCCUGCUCAUCGCCCGGUGA